AUGCAUCCAAAAGUGCUUGUAAUCGCCGGUACAGCCGGUACUGGUAAAUCAUCUGUAGCCGAGCUGCUGGUUGAACAUCACAUUGCCAAAUAUCCAGAUAUGGAGUUCUUGGAGGGUGAUUCUUUACAUCCACCAGCCAAUGUGCAAAAGAUGGCGGAAGGUAUUCCCUUGCAAGAUGAUGAUAGAUGGGAUUGGUUGAGAAAAGUCGCUACACUUUCAUCCGAUUCUGCUCAAAAGCAUGGGCUAUGUAUAGUGACUUGCUCUAGCUUGAAGAAGAAGUAUAGGGACCUCAUUAGGACUACUUGCCCUGAAACCAAUUUCUAUUUCCUUUUCCUCUACGGUGAACAAGCUGUUAUCUUGAAAAGACUUGAACAAAGGCAAGGUCAUUUCAUGAAAGGCAGUAUGAUGGAAUCGCAGUUCAGAGAUCUGGAAUUGCCUAAUUCUGCUGAGGAACCUUAUUGCAAUAUUGUGAACGUCGAUGGGAAAAGUUUUAAACAAGUCGAAGAAGAAGUAUUGGCUGACGUAGAAAAACUACUAGCGCACUAA